AUGUUUUAUUCUCCACUUGAUCAAUUUGAACUUAAACCAUUAUUAUUAAUAACAGAUAAUUUAACAUUUAGUAUAACAAAUUAUACAUUAUAUUUAAUAAUUGUUUCAUUAAUUAUUAUAUUUUAUAGUAGUAUUAUACGUCAUAACUAUUUAGGUUCAUCACGUUGAGGUGUAUCUGUUAUAGCUAUUUAUGAUACUAUUCUUAAUUUAGUUAAUGGACAAAUAGGACGUAAAGGUGGAUAUUAUUUUCCUUUAAUAUUUACUAUAUUUAAUUUUAUAUUAAUAGCUAAUUUAAUUUCUAUGAUUCCUUAUUCAUUUGCUAUUUCUGCUCAAUUAGUUGCUGUUGUUUCUUUCUCAUUAACUCUUUGAAUAGGUAAUGUUGUUUUAGGUUUAUAUUUACAUGGUUGAGGUUUCUUUGCUUUAUUUGUUCCUAGUGGUACUCCUUUAGCUUUAGUUCCUGUUUUAGUUUUAAUCGAAGCCUUAUCUUAUGCUUCUCGUGCUAUUUCUCUUGGUCUUCGUCUUGGUGCUAAUAUUCUUUCUGGUCACUUACUUAUGUUAAUUCUUGGUUCUUUAAUUAUUAGCUUAAUGUCUUCUUCUUUCUUAGGUUUUGUUAGUGGUAUUAUCCCUAUCUUAGCUGUUGUUGCUAUUACUAUUCUUGAAUUUGGUAUUGCUAUUAUUCAAGCUUAUGUUUUUAGUAUUUUAUUAUCUGGUUAUAUUAAAGAUUCAGUUGAAUUACAUUAA